AACGUCAACAAUGCCAGUGACGACAACACCAGCAAGUGUUUCCGUUGAAACCUUGGAACUUACCAUAAACGUUAAUUUCAUGUCUGAAUACAACAAUCCAAACAAUUCCUUUUACCAAAGCGUUGAUAACACUCUUCAAACCCAGUCUCGGGUCCACAUCCAAACUCUGCGCUCAGUAGAGAUAAUUAGGUUCCGGAGUGGAAGCACCAUCGCUACCUAUACUGUCAACGCUCUGUCUAUUAACACAUCUGAAAUUAGCGCACUAAAAAUCGGCAUAUUUAGAGAGCUGGAGCACCCUGUGAUAUUUGACAGUGAGACACCCUUAAACUUCAAUCCAACUGAAGUGUUUUUUGGUCGGAAUGUGAAUGUGACAUGCGGCCCUCCACCAGAAGCUCUCACUUUUGGUUCCAACUUUACUGCAGAGUGGAGACGUAACAGCGAGCUCAUAAGUGCAGACACAGAGCACAGCUUUUCAAUCCAGAAUGGAGCUGCAACAUUAACUGUGUCCCGAUUUUUUAGCACCGACAAUGGACUCUAUGAAUGUAGGCUGGAACGGCCAGAUGGUUCAAUUUUUCGACAGAGAUCCAACGGAGACUUUAAUCUCAGAGAGACACCACAGAUCCAACUGACACCAGUCAGACAAAAUGUGCAGUGUGGGGGUAGAGAUGUGACACUGCAGUGCUCUGUCAACAGUCCCUACGAGGUGGAGUUUCCGGACUUUCCCUCUGCAGGUACAGGUAAUAUGAUCACAGCUCAGUUUCCAGUUCCUGAUGACUGCACAAACCAGGAAGGGAGAAGGACGUUCACCUGUCAAACAAUAACCAGUCCAGUAUUUGAAAGAGAAAUAAUACUGGAGUUAUCUGCAGGAAAUUUUGUAUGCAACGAUGACGUAUUUGGUGUUGGAACGGUCGAUUUCAGGGCUGUAGCAGAGUGCGAACCCGGCAAGGUGGGAGAAAGGACAGCAGUUUGUAUGGAAAAUGGUAACUUUGAAGAUCAACAAGACAACUGCGUCCUUCAACCCAUUCAGGACCUGCUUGAACAGUCUCAGUUUUUAAAUGCCAAUUCACUGCCAGCAUUCGUGGAACUGCUCAGCAAUGUCACUGUCAACUUCACUACAGCUGUCGCUGAAUCUCCUGCCACCAUUAAUGCCAUUGUUGACAUACUCAACAAUAUAGCCAACACAUCUUCAGCAAUAAAUAUCACAAUAAGUAGGACUUCAAUGGAGGAUGUCCUGCUGACUGUGGGUGUUCUCACCAUCAAUGACGCACGGGAAUCAUGGGACUUUCUCAACACCAAUGACACCAGAAACAGCCCAGCAACUAACAGCACCUCAGCUGAAAGUGUCAGCUCAUUAUUAUUGCAGUCUCUUGAGACUAUAACAACACGACUUACCAGUGACUCGUUCAACAUUGAGACACCUUCUAUUCUGUUGAACAAAACCACAUUCGAAAACACUUUCAAUGCUGACUUUAAUUCUUCAGUGGAGAUAAACAUAACAGAGCCUGAUGGAGGAAAUCAGUCAAUCACUGUGUUAACGUUUGAAUCAAUGGAUAACGUACUUCCUGCAAGAGAUGAAGCCAAUUCAUCUGUUAACGUUAUCAAUGGCAGAGUUGUACUUGUUCAGUCCAAUAGCAGCAUCAGUAAUAUUUCUUUCACGUUUGAUAUUACAAACAAUAGUCUGGGAAAUCCACAAUGUGUUUUCUGGAACUUCAGCCUCUUCGAUGGUCUUGGAGGGUGGGACGAUGAAGGCUGCACUUUGGUAUCUGAUGACACCGAAACCGUCACCUGCAAUUGCAACCACCUUACCUCAUUCUCCAUCCUUAUGUCGCCCAACAGUCCAGACAGUGAAGCAUUGGAAAUUAUAACCUACGUUGGAGUUGGAAUAUCCAUGGCGUCCUUGGUCAUAUGUCUCAUCAUUGAAGCGGUCAUUUGGAGAAAAAUACGAAGGAACAACACAUCUUACUUGCGUCAUGUUUCCAUCGUUAACAUCGCAGUGUCCCUACUGAUCGCAAACAUUUGGUUUAUCAUUGGGGCAGCCAUUUCUGACGCAGAGAAGAAAAACCCACCAGCAUGCUCUGCAGCUACCUUUUUUAUCCAUUUUUUCUACCUAGCCCUGUUCUUCUGGAUGUUAGCAUCAGCCUUGCUGUUGCUCUACCGUGCAGUCAGUGUAUUUGAUGGAGGUUUGUCUAAAACAUCCAUGUUGGCUAUUGGAUUCUGUUUAGGCUAUGGGACACCUCUCAUCAUUGCAACCAUAACCAUAGCUGUGACUGCACCCCAAGGAACAUACAUUCGAGAAACUGGGGUCUGCUGGCUCAACUGGGACCCAUCCAGGGCUCUGCUGGCAUUUGUGAUCCCAGCACUGCUAAUAGUGGCAAUAAACUUUGUGAUCCUGCUUGUGGUGAUGCACAAAAUGUUGACCAGAACGGUCGCGAGAGACGCUGCACAAGCUGGUGAGAGACAUGUUCUCGUGGUUAUUGCCAGGAGUUUGGCUGUGCUCACACCAUUUUUUGGAUUAACUUGGAGUCUGGGAGUUGGAACUCUGGUCAGCCCAGACGACAGAGGAAUCCAUAUUUCAUUCGCAUUCUUCAACUCACUGCAGGGUUUCUUCAUAUUAGUGUUCGGAACACUUUUGGACAAAAAGGUGCGGUCAGAAAUAGCAAUAAAGUCACAAACGUCUGGAAGUGGGACAAGGAGCACCAGUGGUGGGGCCUCAUCAAGUGGACUUUUUUUCUGGAGAAGAAAUCGAGGAAGAGACGGAUACAACGUGUCAUCUGGUGCAUCCACUGAUCACUCUGUAACAAACACUUGAUAAUCUGUACAAGCAGCUCUGGCCAGUCAGGAUGACAAUUCACCAAGCAAAGAGCCAGGUUUGAUGUUUGCAAAAAUGAACAGUUUUUUAAUUCUGUCAUUUUUUGAAAGUUAUUUUAUGUGAACACAACAGCAGUAUGUAAUACAUGCCAGCAAAACAAGUAUUGCAUGUUUGUUGGAUGUAUAGUAUUAAAUGUAUUGUAUAUUAUUUUAUAAUAUAUAUAUAUCUGAUCUUGAAGUAAAUAGAUUUUUGCACUUUGUAACAUUUGUAUUUAUGUGUGUUUACACAGGCUGUGAUAAAAUAUACUUAUAUAGUUUUCACUUAGACUGUCUGUCUUGUCAUUUAGUAUUCAUUGCACUAUGUUAAAGUUAGAAAAUCCCACAAAAAUAUACAGACUGGCUCUUGCUUUAGUUGACUUUCCGCAUCAAAUCAGUUUAACAGGACGAGACUGUCUGACACAGACCAGUGGUCAGAAUGACAGCUUGACCUGGACACUCCUCAGUAUAAAUCCAGGAGGUAAAGGAAGUGGCAGAAAUGUCCCUAUUUUUUUGUUUUGAUUUUUUAAGUGUGUUAAGCAGCAUGUCCUCUUUGUGUUAGCAAAAUUAUAGGCACACAUCAGAUCAAAGUUGCACUUUAUUAAAACUCCACAGAGAAUACACUGAAUGCAUAAGUUGUAUGUUUUUUGCACCUAAAAUGUGAUGUACAGUGUCUUCAUGUAGUUUUUAACAUGUCAUCAUUCUAUUGGUAAUGAGUCAUGGAUGUUAAACGUUUACUCUGUUUUCUAUCUUUAAUUAUGUCUCGAAUUUGUAGAACAUUUGACAAUGUAACGGUAAUUGCAAUUAAAAUCUUUCCAAACUGUG